GUUGGUAGUAUUCGUCGUGUUGCGUUUCCAAGUGGUUCGUUUCUGUCGCGUCAUUUCGUUGUCCGCCGUUUAUUAUUCGCAAUAAAAGGGAAGAAGGUCUAUUCUCAAGGUGUGUGGAUUAAACGGUUACCUGGAAUUUCGCAAGAUUACGGUGUCGGUCAGGUACCUCCCGUGGGUUUAUGAUUGCAGCAAGGUCAUCAUCUUGCUACGCUUUAUUGGUGGUUACCUGGGUGACGCGAAUUUCGUUAACUACUCAAUCUGCGAAGGAAUGUGCAUGGCUUGCUAAAUGGAGGAAGUGAUGUUUCAGUGAGUCAUAAGUUCAUCGAUUUAGUGGCGUAGUUGAUCUGAUAUUCCACGGUGAAACAACAAGUUAGUGAUGACCUCAUAUAUUGAAUUCGCGAGGUGAAUUAAGAAGGAAGUUACAAGUGUACCAACACCAAGUGGAAAAGCUCGCACGUUUAAAGAGAAAUUACACGUUGUGCAUUCAAAGUGGAUAUCCGGAGCAGAUGGCUUCAAAGUGAUAACACGUUGUUGUGCAUCUAGGCAGCAGAAGAAAAGGUGACGGGAGUCUGAGGUGUAACUUGUCGAGUCGCUUCUGGUGUUCCUAAUUCAAGGCCCUUGUGUUGAAAAGCAGCUGAAGCAAAAAGAGGUGCUGCGUGCUGCCAAAGGCUCCUUGAUCGCGUGAAGAAGCGACAACAACAACGGCCAAAUAGUGUUCGGCGACCGUUUUUUCUGUGCGAGUGAAAGAGAGAUACCGAAUGCGGCGAGGCGCGCAUGUGUGAAUGUAUUAAUUGGAUUAUCGUUACAGUUUUUGUGCCACUGCACGGUAAAUACCUUUACUGCAGCAGCGUGAGGCUCUUCAAAACGUGAUGGCAUAAAUUAGCAUUUUUUUGUUCGUCGUGUUUCUACUUCGCGCAGUGCGUUGCUGUUAUUGGUGUUGCUGUUCCUGUUUUUGUACUCGCUGUACUCUACUCACACGCUUCGUCGCUCUUUUUCUCCACGGCAUUGACCACAUUUACCUUAAGUCGUCGUAGUCGCGCUUCGUCUUCGUCGUCACCGGUUGUGCAGACCCUCACACGCCAACCCAGAUUGCGUAGCCAGACCUGAAGGGAUAACUAACAGCCAAGAUAAUCUCAUUCUGCUCGCCAGCGCCGGACCGCGCUCCCCCCUUUCGAAGCAAUCAUCCGCGAGCAAUUAGUCUGCACUGCCUGUCUGCCUGCCUGUUUACCCCUGCUGCCCCGCCGGCACGAGGUCCAAAUGCGCCCCCUGACGGAACUCUGAACUGAUGCUUUCCUCGCCGGUGCGGCAAUGUCAGUGAACGAAAAACGAAUGCUCGACCGCGAAACGCUUCGUUCCGUUAUCCAGCAAUGGAACACGGUUCGGUUGGAUAUUUUUGCCCUCUCGGAGCCCAACGAGAACUUGGAGUUCCACGGUGUGAUGCGAUUCUACUUCCAAGAUGAAGGUCAGAAGGUAGCCACCAAAUGUAUCCGGGUGGCGUCCGAUGCCACCGUGUCCGAUGUGAUUGAAACGCUCAUCGAGAAAUUCCGGCCGGACAUGCGAAUGCUGUCCCUGCCGAACUAUGCGCUGUAUGUGGUGCAUGCCAACGGCGAGGAGCGGAAGCUCAACCCGGACGAAAAACCGCUGCUGGUGCAGCUCAACUGGCACAACGACGACCGGGAGGGUCGCUUCCUGCUGAAAAAUUGCGCCCAGAAAACCAACACCCUUGACAGCAUCACCGAUCAGCAGCCAAGUUUCAAGCGGAAGCUGUCGAAGCGGGAGAAGAAAGAACAGAAGAAGAAGGAAAAGCUCUCCAAGAUGCAAUCGGCGGGGGGUGCCGAUUCGGAGAAUCACGUCGCCGAGAAAUUGUACACCGAACUCCCGGAAACGUCCUUCACCCGGUCUAUCUCCAACCCGGAAGCGGUGAUGCGACGGCGGCGGCAGCAGAAGCUGGAGAAAAAACUGCAGCAGUUUCGAUCCCGGGACGGUGGCCCAGACACGGGUGGAACGUUGAAAAUCUACGGCGAAAGCCUGUGUCGAGACGUCCCCUACAAAACGCUACUUCUCUCGAUACGGGACUGUGCCCAGGCUGUGGUUCGCGAAAUGCUGGCCAAGUACGGGAUGGACAAGGUGGAUCCGCUGCACUACUGCUUGGUUCAAGUCAACAGCGACGGCUCCGAGUACAUUCUGGACGACGACGAGUGUCCGCUGUCGAUUCUGAUGAACCAUCCAACGUCACGAGGAUCCAUAAUGUUCCACGUUCGGCGGCGGCCGGCCGACUCGCAGCCCCGAAGGCGCAAGAAAAAGCCCCUCGGCGUGUCGAACGGGGGUGGUAAUCUGGGCGGGGAUCGCGAGGGCCCGAUGCUGAUCGAAAUCACCCACAGUGGCGACGGGGGUCGGCGGGUCAAACUGGGCUCGGAACCGAUCGAGGUCGGCUCGGCCAACACCAAUGCGCUGCAGCUGUUUGGCCCCUCGAUCCAGGCACGGCACUGUCUGAUUUCGAUGCACGACGGCGUCUGUACGGUGACCCCGCUGCACGCCGACGGGACCACCUUCGUCAACGGGCACCACAUCCAGCAGCCGACGAUAUUGCAUAACGGUUCGGUGGUGAUGUUCGGCCGGGUGGCGUCCUAUCGCUUCGUAGACUCCCCAUCCGAUGGUCGCUACAACCUAGCCCUGUCGCAGUCUCAGCUGGAUUCGGCCUGUUUGUACGAAAGUCGAUCGCCCACUUCGCCUACUUCGUGGAAUGAGGAGGAAAGUCGUCCGAUCAGUCCGGUAAGUUCGCAGAUGCAGCCUAAGCCGAGCUUUCUGGACGGACCGGAUGUCACCGGUCCAGGAAUGAAUCAGAAACUGCUGGACCAAGGUCAGAUUACGAAGCCUCCCUCGUUCGACAUCCAGCACUCGCAAGGUUCGCAAGCUGCACCGCAGCCUCCGCCACACAUCCAUCAGACGCAGAACUUGCUAAUGACCAGCGUGGACUCAACGGAUGCGGCCUCAACGACCGGCGGGGUAGCGCUGAAUGACGACGCCAAAAGUAACACCCUCAGCACCGGCGGAGGCGCCGGAAAUGGCGGAGAAUUCAACGAGAACGACGUCGGUAACGUGGAAACGGAAACGAAAUCGAUAUCCAGUCUGAAAUCUAUUGGAUCAACCCAGGACAGGACUAGCACAUUCCCCAAGCUGCAACCGUCGCAUACGGCAGCAUCGAUUUCGAGCGAACCGGGCGGCCAGGAACCGAUCCUGCCGGCGGUGCUCGAGUUUCCCGAACAGCACCAGGAAGCCUUUCUGCAGGCCGUCAUCAGCGAACUAGACGUCAAUUCCCCUAAUUUUAAGCUAGCUCCCGUGUACACGCUCUACUUGUGCGCGAGGUAUCGUGCCUCCACUCACUACCGUCCGGACCUGCAGCCCACGGAGCGUGCCCACAAGUUAACAGUAUUCCUUCAUCACGUUGCCAAUCUGAUCCAGAACGUCGUUCAGGAGCAGUACACCGAUGCCAAAAUCCUGUCCUUUUGGAUGGCCAACAGUUCGGAGUUUUUGCACUUCCUCAAAUCCGACCGGCACAUUUCGGCCUUCAGCGUCCAGGCACAGGAGGUGCUGGCCGAGAGCGUGCAAACCGCAUUCCGCAAUCUGGUGUCGAUUUUCCACGUUGAGCUGUCGCAAACGUUGAACCAGUUUCUGUCGGAGAACAUCGACCACGAUUCCGCCGCUGGGCUGGUCCUGUCGGUGCUGGGGUCGGCCAUGGCACUGCUGCGCCGGUGCCGCGUCAAUGCCGCCCUCACGAUACAGCUGUUCUCGCAGCUGUUCCACUACAUCAACGUGGUCUGCUUCAACAAGUUUGUCACGACAUCACACAUGUGCACCAGUGCGUGGGGUAAAGCGUUGAGCGAGCGACUCUCCCUGCUGGAACUGUGGGCCGAGAAGCAAGGUCUGGAACUGGCGGCCGACUGCCAUCUGGCCAAAAUCAACCAAUGCGCACAGUUUCUACAGGCACCGAAAACCUCCAUCACCGAAGUACAGCAACUGGCGUGUUCGUGUUUCCGGCUAAAUUCGCUUCAGAUGGCUGCGUUGCUGUCGCAGGAAACCAUUCCACGGAAUUUGAUCGAUACGGCUGUACGGAUGGCUGAAUCGGUGGCGGACGAGCUGAGUAGGGCGGACGGGCGAGAAAUACGGUUAGAGGAAUCGCCGGAACUGCCACUGGCACUGCUGCUGCCCGACGAUGGUUUCAGUUGCGAUGUGGUACGUGGCAUUCCCGCGGGUUUGGUGGACUUUUUGAGUCCGUUCCAGAUGGCGAACAUGUGCCGACUAGCGUCGCAACCGACCAGCAUCGGACUGUGGACGGUUUAUAUGCAUCAGUUCAAUCAGGGUCGAUCGCCAAGUGUCAUGUCCAGCAAGCUCCCGCAGCCGGAGAUCCAAAUCAUCAAACUGCACAAAAAUGCCAACGGAAUGGGCCUGUCGAUUGUGGCUGCCAAGGGUGCCGGCCAGGAGCGGCUCGGGAUCUACAUCAAGUCGGUGGUAACGGGUGGAGCAGCUGACCUAGACGGCCGAUUGCAAGCCGGCGAUCAACUGCUCGAAGUCGACGGACAAAGUCUGAUCGGUAUCACACAGGAACGAGCAGCGGACCAUUUGGUGCGAACCGGACCGGUGGUGACGCUCAAGGUUGCCAAACAGGGUGCCAUUUACCACGGGUUGGCCACGCUACUGCAACAACCCAGUCCCGUCAUCCAGCGCGGUGGCAGACGAAUGUCCGAACGAGACAUGACACGCAUAGGCACCAGCGAUCCCAGUAAACCUCCGAUACCUUCACCAUCUGGACAGCCACCACUCCCCAACAGCAAGUCGGUCCCCGCCCUGCACCACGUGGGCAACAUUGGAUCUACAGCCAACAAGUCCCGCAGUAUCCACAACCUGGCCGGGGGAACCAGUCAAGACCAAGGAUUCUAUCAAAACCUUAGCGUCUAUCGUGCUCAAAAUCAGAGUCAUCCAAAUCUGGGAGAACGACCUCCAAUGCCUCUACAGACAUCACUGAACUCCCCGGGCGCUUCUGUAAGCAGUGGCAGCAGUAGCCACCAGCAACAGCAAGCCCAGCAGCAACCUAUCUUAAGCCGUCCAGCAUCUGCCUAUUUCAAUAGCAAUAAUAGCUCCAACAUCAACCCCAGUAACCUACUACUAACCACACAAACCGGCUCAAUGGCCUACGGAAUGCCAUCAUCACAACAGCAGCAUCCUCAACUGAGUGGCAACAUCUCCCAUCCGAAUCUUGCGGCAGCUACAUCCGGUCCAGGUCCAAAUAGGCUGCAAAAGCUCCCACCACAGCAGACGAUGAUGGGCAACAACUUUGUUCGGGACUCCCAAGGGCAGCAAAGUCUCCGGCUCAACCAGAUGAUGGCCCCAUCGAUGCCAAAUAUCGCACAUUCCUUCCAGCAUCAGCAGCAGCAACAACAGCCGGGACCACAUCAACAUCCACAGCAUCAUCCGGGUGGUAUUUCUGCCAGCCAGAGCAUGCAGAACGUGAACAUGAUCGCCGGUGGUCCUGGAGGAGCUGGAGGUUUCGGCUACCAAAACGGUAGUCCCAUGAUGUCCCCUCAGCUCUACCCGAAUGAGCAACAGCAGCAUGCCUCGCUACUUCGUGGCCAAGCGAAGCUAGCAGAGAUGAAUGAGCUUAUCAAACGACGCAACCAAGCUGUGCCCCCAUCACAACAGCAGCAGCAACAGCGUCUCCAAAACGUCGAUUCUUCAAUGAUGCCAUCUCCCUCCAUGCCGCAGCAACAGCAGCAGCAACAACCGCAGCAUCCCGGAUUCAGCGGUGCUAGUCCUCAUCCCAGUACUCCACUGAGCUCACACAAACAGCUUCCCCCGACGACUGCCCCCAAACCUCAGCUUCGUCCCGGAAUGCCCUCGGACCAGGAUCAACCUCCACUUCCCCCCUCUGCAACUCAUCCUCUCUUCAAAACCACCCCGGGCAGCUCCACUGCGUACAGUUCGUCCGAGCCGCCCAAGGUCGGAUUCUACCCUUCGCAAGUGCCACCACAAAACAAGAACGUUAUGUCUGGAACCAAUCCUUGGGAGCGCGAAGAAAAAGAAAAGGAAACCGAACUUCGUCGCGAACACAUCCGCGCUUGGCGUGAUCAACAGAUCGCUGAUCUACAAUCCUUGCCCCAAAGAACCCCUCAACAAGAUGAUCUUCUUCGCACUCUCAUGCUAGAACGUGACUUUGAACGGCGUGCCAUGGAGGAAGAUCAGGACUUCGAUAAUGAUACCUCCCCAUACGGAAAGGAUCCCUCCGUCCAUGAGGUUCUACGACUUGCCCAAAACCAGAACACCGUCUCAGCGCCUCUGACCAAAAUGAAGCAAGUCGACAUCAAAAUGCCUUCGGUCCAAAACUCCGAAACCUCGUCCGAAACGAACGAUCAAUCUCCGACAUCCGUCGCCAACACGAUCGCCAGCUUCCAACAGCAGGUCGCCUCCGCCAGUUCGGCCAUUCAGCCGAAAAGCAUUCUCAAACACAACAGCAGCACUCCAUCGUCCCCUUCGAAGAACGCCGCCAAAUCAGCCAGCUUCGUCCACCACGACAAGCAGUUCAACCUGAGCGAAAUAACCAUGAACAACACCAACGCAAACCAACUCAUGUCCCAGAUGGCAGUCGAUAUGAGCCAGCUCAACAUUGCCGAUCGCGUUGACGAAGAACUAAACGAUCAUCAAUCCAACAUGAACGGCUAUCUCCAAGAACCCACCGCACAAACCACCAACUCUUCCUCUGUUGCCCCUCCACCACCCCCACCGGAACGCAACAGCUCCUACAUGAUCAUGCAGCAGCAGAAAAUACGCGGCAGCGCUACAAAGCUGACCUUCAACAGUAAUCUAAUCACCACCGCCGAACACCCACCUCAACAGCAGCAGCAGCAACAAAAUCUCCUAAACAACAACCCCAACCCCAAUGCUAGCAACACCCUGCCCCGGUACGGCAGCAACUUGUCCUCAACAACCCCCUCAGCAACGCCACCCACUUCCACCGCCAGCAGUAACAUGCUGAACAACAACGCAGCCUACAAUGCUGCCGCGGCCGCUGCCGCCUUCCGCGACAACAAGCGGGUUUCGUUUCACGAUGAGGACGCAAUGGCUGCCGCUGCCGCUGCAGCCGCCAACGCGAUGAACAACAACGGAAGCACCCCCGGGGGUCAUAACGGGCCCAUGAUGGGCAGUAGUUAUACCGAGGCGGGACACCUGAUCGGAAGCAGCGGGGAACAGGGCGGCGAACUGGGCACGAUCAUGGAGCGACCGGAUCCGGAUCGCUUCAUCGACGAGACCAUGCCGGCAAUGUUGCACACCCCGACCACUCCGGAAACAGAAGGCUGGAACAUGCAGCUUCAAAUCACCCCGGGCGUAAUCGGCGCUCAAGAAGUCUAUCGUGACCCACGCACCCGUCGGCUGGCCGAGCAACAGCAGAAGCAAAAGUCGGAACCCGUCCCGGAGAAGCUUUCGUUCAAGGAGAAGAUGAAGAUGUUCGCACUGGAGUCGGGCGAGAAUAAUACACCGAAGGAUAAGUUGAAGAUUUCGCGCGCCCAGCGGGAUAUUGACGCCGUACAUUGAGGACCCACCCCCAUACUCUUAAAACAUAUAUAAACUACCUAGUAGCAGUCAUUUGCCUUCUUCAUGCCUUUCUCCCCCCGGUCCACAGGGCAAAAGCUCACUCUGAGUCAUUAGAGCAGUGUAUAAGCGUUUCCCAAGAUCAGUGCACUGCGGCACAUAACGAAUCGGUAUUCAGUGGGAAGUAUUAGAAUCUACGAAGUAUGACGCAGGACGAGACUAGCUUCCUCUUUUCAUUUGGUGAUUGUUUUCUGUUAUUUUUUUAUAUUUGACGAGAGACAGCAAAGGUUUUCUAAAACAUUGGUUUUAAUUACCGCUAAGCGAAAAGGACGAACGAACGAGGUGUGGUUUGUGUAUAAAUUUAGAUAAAUUGAAAACGUUUUGGUAGUUUUUGUUGUUACUUCUUUAGAGGUGUAUAAAGAAAAGGUUAAACUACUAUUAAAAUGAACAGACAAAAUAAAACAACUUCUACAUUAAUGUAAUGUAAAACGUUAUGAAGGAAAGCAGCAAAUACAAAUCCUACUGUAAUUGUAUAACGCAUUGAAGUGAACCCUCUAAAUAAGCUAACUAACAUAUUAUAAAGAAGUUAAGCGAGAUGAUAAAAUUUCACACACAUACUCUAGAGAAACCCAUUGGACCAAAAACGAAGAGAGAAAUAUUUUCAUUUUUAUAAACAUCUUUUACGCCAGAAAUGACAUUUAAAGUCGCGUGUUAGAUUAGGAGAAUGCGUAUUUUAAAAAGAGCAUAACCAAUCCAGAAGAAAAUUCGAGAAGUAUUUAGGGCAAGUAGUCUGGACCUUAUAGCACUUCCCAGCUGAUUAAAUUGCUGAACGUGUUUUGGGUUAGCGAACUGAAGUUAAAACGGAGUGGAACAAUUUGAGGUAGAACCCGAUUUUUUCUGAUGUUACAGAAGCGAUUCGUAUCGAACUCCUAUAUUUGCAUAGAGUGUUAGCUAUUUUUUAUACUAUUCAACAUAAGUGACCUACAAAAACAAAACUGCAUAUUCCCUCCCCUUUUGGAUAGAAAGUUAUUAGCGUUGCCCCCUCCAAGUGGGGUGAUCGGUCAAUUUAUGCCUCCAAUGUUAGCAGCUGGAUUAAAAAAACUAAAAUUUUAAUAGCAAAACGUGAAACUGGUAUUGAAGUGUCACCUAAUGAAAUAUACGAUAACGAUUUGAUAGAUGUGUACUUUUUACUAUUAAUAAUUGUAAAAAAAAACAAAGGAAUUCAAACUUGUUACAAAACCUGUUUUUCCAAUAAUUAUGCAUUUUAUCGCUGAGAUGAUACAUACAAAUGUCGUAGUUUAGUAUGUUAGGAAAUAUGAAUGAAAUAUAAAAGUAUUUAAGUGAGAUCGCUGUUUAGUGAAACAUCUAACAAAACAACCCUAGGAAUUAAAUAAUUUUAAUAAUCAUAAAUUAAAAACACUAGAAAGAUUGUAUGAAAUGAGAUAACCAUCAUGAACAGUGAAACAACUUAUAUAGGCAGGGAGAUACACCGGAAUGUUUAGGGAAAAUGCGAUUUUAUUUGUUAAAAUGUAUUUUUUUAAUGUAUAUCAUAGAUAUCCUUAAUGAAACACCUUUGAUAUGAAAUAUUAUAUUCAAGUCCGUCUAAUAUCCUCAACAGCAGAUAAAUAGAACAAUACAAUUGAGCUCCUCAUUUUUUCAAAUCAUGGAGAUUAAUGAAUUACUGAUGAAAUUACAUAAAACCCAAAAUCAAAUUAUUGCACCCCACAAGCAAAAUAUUCCAGCACCAAUUUUUCAAAUUCCCACGACACACUUUUUAACGCAGCUAAAUAGAACAAAAAAGUAUUUCAAGCAAGCAACAUAACAGAACAGCAACACAUUUAUCUCAGCGUAGUAGCGUUAUCAUUAUUAUACAUAUAAAGUAGUAAACGAAGAGAGAAAACUCAUAAAGGAGUAGGUUUUAGAAUAUAACAGAUAGUUACAUGCAAAACUCUAACAAGAACACACAAAGACACACUCCGCCACAUACACCACCCUUUCACUUCAAUGAGAUCAAAUGCAUUAAAACAUGUAAAUGUUAAAUUA